UUGUGUAUUCGCGUUAAAAUAAUAUUUAUUUGGGGUUGUGACCAAAGUAUUUCUCACCUAGGAAUCACUUGUUUCAAUACUCCACAACGUGUCCAUAUAUUUUCUGAGAGAAAUUUGUCUAUAUAUAUUUGUACAUAGAAUUGAUGUUCUUCACUAAACAAGAAAAUAAAAUAUCAAUUAUUCCACCCUAUUCCCUUGUUUCUUUUUCAUCUACAUGGAUCUUCAAACAAUUUACCCUUUAACCAUUUUUUUCAUUUUCCUCCUCUCCAUUGUGACACUAAAAGUAACGAAAAAAUUCAAGAAAAUUGACUCAGUUCCAAAUAUACCACCAGGGCCAUGUAAGCUACCAAUCAUAGGAAACAUACAUAAUCUUAUUGGCUCUCAACCACAUAGAAAAUUAAGAGAAUUGUCAAAAAAAUAUGGCCCUUUAAUGCAUCUUCAACUUGGUGAAGUUUUCUUUACUAUUGUUUCAUCAGCAGAAUAUGCAAAGGAAAUAAUGAAAACUCAUGAUGUAAUAUUUGCAUCAAGGCCUUUAACUCUAACCUCAGAGAUAAUCUUUUAUGAUUCGACAGAUAUAGCUUUUGCACCUUUUGGUGAUUAUUGGAGACAACUUAGAAAGAUUUGUACCGUUGAACUUUUAAGUCUAAAACGUGUUCAAUCUCUUUCGCCAAUCAGGGAGCAAGAGAUGAAUAAUCUCGUUAAAAGGAUUGCUUCGGAAGAAGGAAGCGUCGUCAAUCUUUCUCGACAAGUUGUGUCAUUGAUAUAUUCAAUCACUUCAAGGGCGGCAUUUGGCAAAAAAUACAUGGAGCAAGAUGAGUUCAUAUCAUUGGUAAGAGAAGUUAUGGAAAUAUCUGGAGGAUUCUAUAUUGGUGACUUGUUUCCUUCGGUGAAUUGGCUUCAAAACCUUACAGGGAGGAGGCAUAGGCUUGAGAAGUUGCAUAAAAAUGCUGACAGAAUACUUGAGAAGAUCAUCAAUGACCAUAAAGAAACUAACUUAGGAGCUAAAGGAAGUUUAGUUGAAGGAGAGGAAGAUUUGAUUGAUGUUCUCUUGAAAUUUGAGGAAGGUAGCAGCAAUGAUCUUGAUUUUUGCUUAACUAAGAGAAACAUCAAGGCUAUAGUCUUUGAUAUUUUCAUUGGUGGAAGUGACACAUCUGCAACUACGAUUAACUGGACAAUGGCUGAAAUGUUAAAGAAUCCAAGAGUUUUGAGGAAAGCACAAGUUGAAGUUAGAGAGAUAUUCAAAAAAAGAGGAAAAAUUGAUGAAACAUGCAUUGAUGAGUUAAAAUACUUGAAAGCAAUCAUAAAAGAGAUAUUAAGAUUACACCCUGCUGUUCCUCUUUUAAUUCCAAGGGAAUGUGGACAAAAUUGUGAAGUUGAUGGUUAUCACAUUCCAAUCAAAAGUAAGGUGAUAAUCAAUGCUUGGGCUAUUGGAAUGGAUUCCAAAUAUUGGACCGAUCCAGAUAAGUUUUAUCCUGAAAGAUUUAUCAAUAGUUCUAUUGAUUUCAAAGGAACUAAUUUUGAGUACAUUCCAUUUGGUGCUGGAAGAAGAAUUUGUCCAGGCAUCAACUAUGGUAUGGCAAAUGUUGAAUUGGCCCUUGCUUUGUUAUUGUGUCACUUUGAUUGGAAACUUCCAAAUGGAAUGAAAAAUGAGGAUUUGGACAUGACUGAGCUAUUUGGAGCUUCUGUUAUAAGAAAAGAUGACCUAUAUUGUAUUCCAGUCAGUUAUCCUCCAUUGAAGUAGUUAUGAAAAAAGAAAAGUUUGCAAUGCCUGGAAAGGUUUCAGAAUUAAAUUUGUAUAACUUGUUUGUGGGAGUGGUAGCCUAAAUUUCAUGUUAAUGUCGAUAUAUGUACAUGUACGCAAACAUGUUAAUAAUAAUUUGUUAUUUUUUA